AUGGCAGGUGAUUGGAGAAUCAGUGCCGAGGAACGAACAAAGUACGAUUUGUACUUUCAACAAUGUAAUCCAAUACAAGGUUAUGUAACAGGUGAUCAAGCACGAAAUUUUUUUCUAAAAUCAGGUUUACCUGGAGAUGUUCUUCAUAAAAUAUGGAAUCUUUCGGAUAUAACAGCUGAUGGUCGUUUAGAUAAGCGAGAAUUUACUAUUGCUUGUCAUCUAAUAUCAUCUCAAGUUCAGAAAAAAAUACCACUACCGCAAAAUCUUCCACCGACUCUUCUUUCUGAUGCAAUUGCAAUAACAGCAAAUGGUGUACCACCACCAAUGUCUGCAUUACCAUUAUCAUUAGUUCGACCUGUCACUAGUUGGGGUGCUUCUGGUCAAUCAUUAGUUCCUGUUCAAUCUUUAAAACCAGUUAUAAUACCACCUGCACCAUUAACACCAACAAUUCGUUCAAAAUAUCUUCAACAAUUUCAUUCAUUAGUUGAUGUAACAAAAACAAAUGGAUUUAUGAGUGGUUUACAAGCUAGAAAUCUUCUUCAACAAACUGGUUUAUCACAAACAGUACUACAUCAAAUAUGGAAUUUAGCUGAUCAUGAUAAAGAUGGUCGUUUAACACCUGAUGAAUUUGUUGUUGCAAUGCAUUGUUGUGAUGUUGUACGUGCUGGUCAAAUUUUACCAUCUCGUCUACCUGAUGAUUGGUUAAAUACAAAUAUAACACAACGUGAACGUUCAAAUUCAUUAGCAAAACCUAAUAUUUAUCCUGCAUUUAUUAAUAUUAAUCAAGAACUUAAAGAUACAUUUAAAUCAACGAUUACAACAGAAAAUCAUUCACCUGAAACAGUAGAAAUUGAACGAAAAAAUAGCAUUGUUACUUAUGAAGAAAAACGUCAAAAGAAUUAUGACGAUGGUUUAAAAGAAUUAGAACGACGUCGACAAUUAUUACGUGAACAAGAAGAACGUGAACAUCGAGAACGUGAAGAUCGAGAACGUAAACAUGAAUUAGAAUUACAAAAACAAAAAGAUGAACAAGAACGUCGAAAACAAAUUGAAUAUGAACGACAAAUAGAAAGACAAAAACAAAUUGAACAGAAAAAAGAAGAAGAACGAAAAAAAUUAUUUGAACAACGAGAGGCAGCACGAAAAGAAAUGGAACGUAGAAGUCGUUUGGAAUGGGAACGUCAACGUAUGCAAGAAUUAUCAACACAAAAAUCACGUUUACUUGAACAAUUAAAUGAUUUAAAAUCUCGUGAAAAAGCAAUUGAACUUGAAUUACAAAGUAUGGAUGAUACAAUACAAACAAAUCAAAGAAAAAUAAAUCAAACAAAUACAAAUAUACAAACAAUUGAUCAAUCAAUAAAUGAUAUUCAAAAACGUACAAUACAAGAAAAAAAUCUUUUAGAAAAUUUUGAACAACAACGAAAAGAUUUACAUAUUAAAUUAAAUUAUUCACGAACAGAAAGAGAAUCACUUGAUUCAUCAUUAAAACAUCUUAAUCAAUCGAAAGAAUUCGGUAUGGGUAAUCGAGAAUCUGAUCAAAUGAAAUUUUUUCAACUUCAACUUGACAAUGUAAAACAAGAAAGUACACAUGUUGAUGAACAAAUUACAACCAUGAAUCAACAAUGUAAACAAUAUCAAAAUCAAAUGGAGGAACUUCGUCGUCAACUUAAUCAACUUGAACAAAAUGCUAAAAAUAAAAAACCAGCAAACAAAGUUACAUUACCCACAACAACAACAACAACUUAUGCUAAUUAUGAUCAGUUUUAUCCUAAAAAUGAUUUAAAUGCUCAAUCUCAUUCGUUUCCUGUUGCUUCUUCAUCUACUGCUAUUGAUGUCGAUCCAUUUCAAACAGUCGAUCCAUUUGCUUCUCAAUCUGAUAUAGGUUUACCGACAGCAUUAACCAAUAAUGAUUGGUUUCAAUCAUCAAAUAAUGGAAUAACUAAAAAUGAUCCAUUUAUUUCUAAAAAUGAAAUUUCUCCAAAACCUAAAAAAACUGCACCUAAAGUAAAUAUUAAACAAACAUCAACAGUUGAUCCAUGGGGUGGAUCAACAAUAACUAAUACUAAUCAUGGAAAUGAUUGGACAUCAUUUAAUAAAAAUAAUAAUAGUAUAAGUUCAUCAUUUGGUACAACAAAUGAAUGGCCACAAUUAUCAUCAACUAUUUCAAAUGGAAGUUCUUCAUCUGGUAUUAUUCAAUAUCGAGCACUAUAUGAUUAUAUACCUCAACGUUCUGAUGAAUUAGCAAUGUCAGUUGGAGAUAUUAUAACAAUUGAUACAACACAUAAACAACAAGAUGAAAAUUGGUUAUUCGGAAAAAUUGGAAAUGAUAGACAAGGAUUUUUUCCAGCUGCUUAUGUUGAACUUAUGCCAUCAACACCUUCGUCUGCUAAUGGAAAUACUGUUGAUACAAAUUCACAAUUAAUGUCUGGAUCAUGGGUGAUAACAUUAGCAGAUUAUCAAGGCAAAACAGUUGAUAAACAUUUAUCAUUUCAAAAGGGUGAACUUAUUCUUGUACGUGAACAAAAAGAUGCUGCUUGGUAUAGUGGACAACUUCGUGGAAAAAUUGGUUGGUUUCCAAGAAAUUAUGUUAGACCAGCAACCGAAAUUGAAAUACAAAACAAUAAAAAUACAACAAAGAUUACAUCAACAAAUGAAAAACUAUUGAAUUCUCCAAUUUCACCUAAUGGUGUAUCAUCUAGUGAUAGUAGUUUGGGUAAGAUUUGUUUUCGUUUUUGUUUUUUUGUUAUUAUUAUAAUUAGAUUAAAUUAAAUAUUUUCUGAAUGAGUAAAACAUAAAAAGUGUGAGAGAGAUAGAAAAAAAACAAAUUCUAGUUACACUUUAGCUUGGCGUCAGGCACCAACUCUACCAUCAAUACGUAAGUGUUUAAAACCAAUUUCGUCAAAUGCUAUGAUUUAGUUCAAUAAAAUAAUAUGUCUCGUCUCUUUCUCUUUAUAAUUGGUGACGGGGAACAAAAAAAUAAAUUUCUAUUGUUUCUUGUUUUUUUUUGUCUGAAGCAACAAAAGAAAAAAAAAGAAAUCAAUCAUUUCUGCUGCUUUUUGUCUGCUCAUUAUUUGGAAUAGAAAAAAAAAAAAACAAAAACAAAAACAAAAUAAUAUUCUCAUAUUUUAAUAACUUCUUACAUAUGCUUUUUUGUCUUUCUUUUGAAAGAAAAAGUGGCUCGUAAAAAUAAAGAACAUAAUUUGCAUGUAUUCUUUCGUCAUCUAUAAUUGGUUUUUUUUCAUUUUUUUUUCUAUUCCACAAAAAAAAAAAAGAUAAUUUUUAUUUAGCUGAUAUUUAUGAAGCUAU